AUGGCGACGAGUGCGAAGUACAGCGCGCUAGAGACGGAGCAGGGCGGGCCUCAGGGCGCACAGGCGUCAAGGAAGCCGCCCGUGGCAGGGGCUGCACAGCAAGGGGAGGGCGCGCGAUGGUGCCCCGAGGAGGACGCCUCGCUGCUCAGCCGGCUCGGAUUCUUCUACAUGAACGGCCUCAUGGCGAAGGGCUAUGCACAGCCGCUCGAGAUGGAGGACCUCUGGGACGUGGCGCACUGGGAUUCCCCGGCGCCCGUCGCCGCGCAGUUCGAGCGCGCGCUGUCGUCCACGCGCACCCUCGCAGCCCCGUACGGACGCAUCGCGCGGGGGCUGCUGGCCUUCCGGGGUCGCCGGUUCGCGUCUGCGGGCGCAAUCAAGCUCGUCAACGACUUCGUGUCCCUCGGCGCGCCGUUCCUGCUGCAGCAGGAGCUCAAGGCCAUCCAGGACGAACGUCCGACGCGCGUCGUGGUGGGCCUCGCGACCGCGAUGCUGGCCGCCACGCUCCUGCAGACGCUCCUGAUCAACCGGUACUUCCACAUCGUGUUCCGCGUCGGCCUGCACACCAAAGUCGCCCUCGUCCACGCCCUCUACACAAAAAGCUUGCGCGUGAGCGGCGGGGUCCGCGCCGCGUUCGGCACGGGCCGCAUCGUCAACCUGCAGUCAAACGACGCGCAGAAGAUCUGGAGCCUGCCCACGUACCUGCACAUGCUGUGGUCUGGCCCCCUCCAGAUCGUCCUCAUUACGACGCUGCUGGCGCGCAUCGUGACGCCCGUGCCGGCGCUCGCGGGGCUGCUGUCGACGGUCGCGGUGAUCCCGCUCAACAUCCUCGUCGGCAAGCGGCUCGUGAAGAUCCGCGCCGAGCUCGUGAAACAGACCGACAGGCGGGUGAAGCUCGUCACCGAAGUCAUCACCGGGAUCAAGCAGAUCAAGCUGUACGCGUGGGAGGGCCCGUACGUCGACCGCAUCCGGGCGCUGCGCGCGCAGGAGCUGGCCAGUUUGUUCAAGUCGAACAUGACGUCGCUGAUAAACACCAUCAUCUCGCUCUCCGCGCCGAUCCUGGUCUCGAUCGUCACGUUCGCGGUCUACAUCAUGCGCGGGAACGAGCUCACCGCGGACAUCGCGUUCCCCGCCCUCGCGCUCUUCAACCAAUUGAGAUUUCCCAUCCAGGUUCUCCCGAAUCAGAUCAACAACCUCAUCAACGCCACCGUGGCGCUGCGGAGGAUGCAGGAGUUCCUGGGCGCGGAGGAGCUCGCCGUGCGCGGCUGCGACGAGCAGCGCGCCCGCGGCCGCGCGCCGCCGCCCCCCACGAUCGACGAGGACGCCCCCCUCCCUCCGCCGCCGCCGCCCUCCUGCCCCGCGUGCAUCGACGACCCCAGCGUCGCCGCGUCGUUCAAAAACGCCGUCUUCCGGUGGCCGACCGUCCCGGAGCCUGCGUCGGCGGCUGUGGCGCGCAAGGACGACGCGGCGCGCGCCCCGACGCCGGGCGCGUCCCAGAGGGGCAAUGCGUUCACGUUGGACGUGGCAGACUUGAAGGUGCAACGCGGGGACCUGGUCAUGGUCGUGGGGCAGGUCGGGAGCGGCAAGUCGUCGCUGCUGUACGCGCUGCUUGGGGAGAUGGAGCGCGCGCAGGGCCGCGCGGGCGUGCGGGGCCAGUCAGUGGCGUAUACUGCACAGGACCCUUGGAUUCAGAACAUGAGCCUGCGCGAGAACGUGCUGAUGGCGGGGCCUGGCGGGCUGGCGGGGGGGCGCGUGGACGAGGAGAGGUACGCGGAGGUGCUGGAGGCGUGCGCGAUGAUGCCGGACCUGGACGUGUUGCCGGCGGGCGACUUGACGGAGAUCGGCGAGAAGGGGAUCAAUCUGUCGGGCGGGCAGCGCCACCGGAUAGCGCUCGCGCGCGCCGCGUACUCGGAGGCGGAGACGUUCCUGCUGGACGACCCGCUGAGCGCCGUGGACGCGCACGUUGGCACGCACAUCUUUGAGAAGUGCAUCCGGGGGUACCUGGCGGGGAAGACGCGCAUCCUGGUGACGCACCAGCUGCAGUACCUCAAGGGUGCGGACAUGAUCGUGGUCAUGGAGGGGGGCCGCGUGACGCACACAGGCACCUACCGCGACCUCAUCAACAGGGGCGUGAAGUUCGCGCUGUUCGAGAACGAGAGCAAGCACGAGGACCACGAGGCCGAGACGCCGCAGGAGCGCGGUGCGGGCGGCCAGAGCGCCGGCGAAAAGCUCAACAGGCGCGAGCUGUCGGCGCGCGUGCUGAAGAAGCGCGCGGAGAAGACGGGGGGCGCGGACGGCGCGGACGGACGGCUGACGCGCGCGGAGGCGCGCAGCAAGGGCUCGGUGAAGCGCACGGUGUACGCGCAGUAUCUCCUGGCGUGGGGCCCCGCGCUGGUAUUCCCGCUGCUCACAAUCGCGCUGGCGCUCGCGGAGCGCGGCACGCAGCUCGCGCAGCAGUUCUGGCUGUCAGACUGGGCCAACGACACCCUCGAGUCAUCGACGAGCGUCGACGCGGGCGAGGCGCCGUUAGACUCCAAGCGCUAUCUCCUCAUCUACGCGAUCAUCGGGUUUGCAGUCAUUGGCAUCGCGGCGCCGCGGUCGGUCGCGAUCGCGUGGGGUUCGAACAACGCGUCGCGAAACCUGCACAACCACCUCCUGGAGCGCGUCGCGCGCUUCCCGAUGUCGUUCUUCGACUCGCAGCCCUCCGGGCGCCUGAUCAACCGGUUCACGAAGGACCUGGAGGCCGUGGACUCGCAGCUGGCGUACAGCGUGUCGUCGCUCGUGACGUUCGGCGUGUCCGUGCUCGGGGCCUUCGCCGUCAUGAUCGGCAUCUCGCCCGUCGUCAUCGUCGCGAUCUUCCUCCUCGGAGCUGUGUACCUGCACAUCCAGAAAAUAUACCUGCGCACGUCGCGGGAAGUCAAGCGCUUGGACUCGAUCGCCACGUCCCCGAUUUUCGGCCACUUCAAGGAGACGCUCGAGGGCAUCACGACGAUUCGCGCCUUCUUCCGGCAGCCGGCGUUCCUGGACACGAACCUCCGCCUCCUCGCCCGCUCGGUCAGGGCCUCGUGGCCGCAGACAUCCUCGAACCGGUAUCUCUCUGUGCGGCUCGAAUCCCUGGGCCACGGCGUGGUGUACGCGGCGACGCUCGCCGUCGUCGCUAUCCAGCCGAAGAACUCGGCCCUCGUCGGCCUCGUCAUCUCCUCCGCCCUCAACCUCACCGGCACCCUCGCGUGGCUCGUCCGCGUCGCGACCGACCUCGAGGUCAACAUGAACGCCGUCGAGCGCCUCUUCGAGUACGACGACGAGGAGCUCGAGGCCCCGGAGGUCAUCGAGACCAGCCGCCCGCCCGCGACGUGGCCGCACGCCGGCGCCGUCGUCGCGAAGGGGCUGCAGGUGCGGUACCGCAAGGAGCUGGGGCUGGUGCUCAAGGGCCUGAGCUUCGACAUCGCGGCGAAGGAGAAGAUCGGCGUGUGCGGGCGGACGGGGUGCGGGAAGUCGACGCUGAUGCUCGCGAUGUUCCGCAUCGUCGAGCCGUGCGGGGGGAGUCUCAUGAUCGACGGGGUCGACGUGCAGUCGAUCGGGCUGUUCGACCUGCGGAGCAAGAUGGCGCUCGUGCCGCAGGACCCGGUCAUCUUCUCGGGCACGUACCGGUCGAACCUGGACCCGUUCGGCGCCGUCGAGAACGACAGGGACAUCUGGGAGGCUUUGCGGCGCGCACACCUCGCGGACUUCGUGUCGGCGUCGGACGGAGGCCUGGACGCGCCCGUGUCCGAGGGCGGCACCAACAUGAGCGUCGGGCAGCGGCAGCUGCUGUGCAUGGCGCGCGCGCUGCUGCGCAAGGCCCGCAUCCUGCUCCUGGACGAGGCCACGUCCAACGUCGACAACGCCACGGACAGCGUCAUCCAGGACACCAUCCGGACGGCGUUCGUGGACUGCACCGUGCUCACCAUCGCGCACCGGCUGCACACCAUCAUCGACGCGGACCGCAUCAUGCUUCUCGAGCGGGGGGAGAUCCUAGAGAUGGACCGGCCCGGCGCGCUGCUGCAGCGCCCGGAUUCGGCGUUCGGGCGGCUGGUGGACGGCACGAGCAAGGGCGCCGCGGCGGCGCUGCGGAGCAUCGCCUCAGGCAGCGGGCACGCGGGCCGCGCCGGCGUGAGCGCCGACGACGGUGCGGCGCCCGACCUCAUCUAG